AUGCAGGAUAACAUUCAUACGCCCUUCAGCUCGGACAUACCGCUCGCUUUUAUAUAUACCGAUGAAGUGACUGGACAGACUCUAUACUGCGGCCCAUAUCUGCGCUCUUUGGAGAGCUUCGCCGAGAGAUUUAACUUCAAGCUGCAGCUGGAUCAUGUGGAAAAUAUGGCAAAGAAGACGCUGCUGCUCCAGCAGAUUGCCGAGGGAGAGUAUAACACAUCUGUACACGGCGUGAGCAUAAGGAGCACAUUGGAGGAUCCCUCGUCGACCAUCACAGCAUACAGCUACCCCGUUGAGGUGACGAAGUACUGUGUGAUGGUGCCCUUGGCGCCGGAGCUGCCCAAGUGGAUGUACAUGGUCUGGCCAUUGGGCAAGUACGUCUGGACCACGCUCUUCCUGGCCAUCUUCUACGUGGCGCUGCUUCUGCGCUACGUGCACCACGGCGAGGCAGCCACUCGCUCCUACACGCGCAACCUGCUCCACGCCAUGGGCAUCAUCAUGUACAGCCCGAAUAUGAAUAUGCCAGUGCAGCUCUGCCAGCCGCCGUUCCGUAUACUCAUCUUCUACACGCUGCUCUACACACAGGGCUUCAUACUGUCCAAUUAUCACAUGAGCCACAUGACCUCCUUCGACAUGAAGCCGGUGUUCGUAAAGCCCAUUGAUACGUGGUCGGACCUGAUAGAGUCGAGGGUGCGCAUUAUCAUACCGGACACGCUGCUGGAGGAGCUGCGCACCUUACCUGUUGUAAAUAUCUCCUCAUUAGACGCCCAAUUCGAGCCACGCGAGUUCCACGACUUUCAGGAGCUCAUGGUGAAUCCGUCUCGCGAAUAUGCCUAUGUGGUUACCCAGAAUGCGUGGGAGUUCUGGAACCGACAGCAGAGCGUGCUCAUCCAGCCGUAUUUCCACAUGUCUCGCGUCUGCUUUGGGGGCCUCUUCAACGCCUUUCCCCUGCAGCGGGAUGCGCCCUUCGUCGAUCAACUAGAUCGUACCAUGCUGUACAUAAGGGAAUCUGGUCUGUGGGGCUACUGGGAGGACAUGGCCUUCGUGUUUGCAUUGCGUGCGAAUGUCGCAAAGAUAUUCCUGGACACGUAUCCCGUGGAGACAUUGAAUCUGGAGUUCUUCAAGACGGCAUGGAUUGUGAUCAUCGGCGGUUUGCCGCUUUGCUCAGUGGUCUACUGCUUGGAGCAUCUGUGGAGCCGUUGGAUGAACGGGCAGAGCAAAUAUUAG